CACGUCGGUAACUCGAAGGAACAACACGUGCUCAAUUGUUUUUGCGAAUUUUUAUUUUCAAUACAAGUUUGUAAACUGCCAGUGUUUGUUUUGUGAGUGAACAAUAUUUUGACAACAUGUGUGAGAAAAGAAUAAGGAAAGUCAGAAAAGGUUCAAACCUUAUGCGUCUGAGAGAGGCAAGGCGCUUACAGCGGCUGCAGCAACUAUCGUCGCCGCCGGCGGCCGAGGUGCCCCGGCCCUGCCCGCCCAGCAACAACGGAGCCCAGAGCAGAGUCCUCCUAGAACUCGCCUGGAAAACCGUCGCCCUCAUGCACAAAAAUAGGAUAAUCCAACAAAAAAUUGUUGCUCUACAAAAAGAAACUUCAGAAUUCGUCGCUGCAGUCAUGAAUAACCCCGAGAAUAAGCAGCGGUACAUGGAACACCUCCGCGCCUACAAACUCGCGCAACAAACGCAAGCGCAGCCUCCUAAAAUUGAAAACAACAAUCUGCCGUUAAAAGUUGAACCAACUGUAUAAUCAACUUUGCCUGCCUGUAUAACUGAAGCGAGUGUACGAGUGUAAAUAAAUGAACCGUCUAUUUUUAAAUAGGUUAUGGAAAUGUUGUACCUAUAGUAAUAUGAUAUUUAAAUUUGAGUUUUAAAUGUUCUAGAUAUAAAUUUGCGUUAUUAAGCCAUCUUUCUGUUAGCAUUGGAUACAUAUUGAUACAUUGAGACAUAAUUGUUGGGGGUAUAUUAUGGUAAGAUGGGCCGAGACCAAUAUGCCAAAUGUUGAUAUUCUAUCAAACGUUUGUAUACAAUAGCAAUAUCAAUAGAUAUAAGUAGUGUAAAUAUCAAAUUGAAAACAACUUCACAUAAAGACCUUGGCCCACUUCACCGUAACACUAACAUGAGUGUGGAUUUAUAAAACGGAUCAAUGACAAGUGAAAGCGAAUGUCAUUACGGUAGUAUUCUAUGCAGUUUUAUAGAAAACUUAGUAUACUGCUGUUUUAUGUGUCCAGUCUCCGUAGUCACAGUAAACAAAAACUGCCGCCGUGUUGUUGCGUCACGAUUAAACUUAUUUAAUACGCUUGGACUAGUUUGAUAAUAUUAAACCUCCGCUCCGUAUUAAUAGGGGUCUGUGCACAUAACAUAACAUACCUACACCCAGUUGGAAAGCAUUGUACUGGCUAAUGUGCCGCAUCGCAAACACUAGAUGGUAAUAAUUACUUACAAUUUUAACGCAUAGUAGACUACUUACGUUAAGGUUACGAGUACCUAUACCUAAAUCUGUUUUGACGUUAGAUGUCGUAAUUUGAUAAUGAUCUUAUUUGAGGUAAGGGAGUAAAUGUAAUAUUCAGUUCUACUGGACUUCGAUUUAGAAUAUAUGUUCAUAUGGGUACCUUUCAGCAAUAAUGUUUUAAUGCAGUGUCUUAAAAAAAUGUUGUGGAUAAUGGAGGAUACUACUUCUACUUAGGUGUAGCAUUAAGAUUCUUUUGAGGUUGUAUCUAACACAUGAGUAAGAGGCUGUUUAAUGUAAAGCGUUGCGGGGAAUCUUCGUACCGUAUACGUAAUAUUUGUAUAGAUAUACAACUCAUAUUUAAAUUUUAAACUUACAGUUGUGAAUUCAUUAUGACAUGAAUAAAUUUCGAGUCUUGUAAUACGAAAUCAUUAUUAAUGGAAAAUCUGAGUUUCCGUUGUUUAUUUGAUUAAGGUCGUAAUUUAAAAGUUUUAUGGUACGAAGACGUUAAAGGUAUUGUUAAUACUCUUAAGUUAUAGGUACUUACAUUUCGUAGGUAUGGUAUUAUAACAUUUAUAACUGCUGGUCCAACCACCAAUAUUUUAGUUUCUUGUGUCGCUGUCAUAAGUUCAUUUAGGGCUUAAUUUAAAUUUGACUAAAAACUACAUAGGUCUUCGUUAGGUGUCUGUGAUGUAAAAAAAACUUAAAAUUUGUUUCAAACGUAGGUAUCGCGAACUUUUUGUCUUUAGUUAACAAAACAAGAGAACCUCAAUGACUCAUGACGUCGAUAAGGAAAAUUUUGUUUGACUUGGAUACAUGCACACGUUUGCUAAAAGCGCGUUUGGUUGUCGCUACUUAUUCGUUAUUUAUUCUAUCGUUUUCAUUUAAGACUUACUAAAGAUUCAGACUGUUUAGAUCCAUAGAACGUAGAUGCUUAGUAGCGUAGCGUAGGUACAUAUAUACAGGAACUUGAAAAUUUCUUUUGUAUUACAUGAUCAUUAAGAGCCCCCGGCAAGCUCGGUACUCCAUACAAACGUAGUUACGCUCUCAUUUUAAAACAACUAGCUAGAUUGCUCUGAAACUUUGUACUUAAAAUAGGAUAAGGUGUAAUUAGUGUAUGUAGCUUCAGAUACCGUAGUUAAAAAAAUACAGCGAAUUUAAGUUUUUCAUACAAACCUUGUUUUUGCUCUAUUUCGUUUGUUUUAUAAACUGGAGCUAUAUAAACUAAUUACAGGCAUAUAUAUACCUCAUGUCCUCAGCUUAACAAAAAGAGAUAAGAAAAAGAAGAAGAAGAGAGAAGAUAUUUAGACUUAUUAGACGGUGGCAGAUACUGAUGAUAGAUAUUGAUGAUGACUGUAGGUACUGCCUAAAGUUUAUAGUUAGGUAUUAAAAUGUAUGGGCAAUGUCAGCAAAAAUAAUAUUGGUAUAAUGCAGAGAACGCUAGUAUAAUUUGCAUCCACCCAACAUACUUGGAUGAACUUACAUAUGUAAUUGUACUCGCGAGCGCCCGUCGUAUCGGCCGCGAGGGGAUGCGAGGUGCGCAUAUAGUCAACUUUGCUGGAGUUUUUAUUGUCCGCCUUCAAUUGAUGAAAACAGAAGAAUACAAGUAGAAGCGGUAUUGAAGCGUAAUAUAAAAUGAUAAACUAAUUUUUAAAUUUAUAUACCAGUACUAUAUCUGUUAAUAUUUUCCACUGUUAAAUAUUUUUAUAUCUACUUUAAUCUUGUUCCAUAACUGUAAAUACUGUUUAUCACUUAAGUUGCCUUAUUAGAUAAUCAAGGGAAAAAUAAUUGUUUUAUCCUUCUCACUAAGUAUUGCAACACAUCUUAUUAUAGAUUUUAUGUGUUGCAUCAAGUUAGAUAACGGGUAUGAUAUUUAAGUAUCGGUUUACUGAUUCUUAGAUUCACGAAGUGCUUCAUUUACUUAGCUCGGGAGAAUAUGUUUGUCAAGGAAAUGUUGUAUUUAAUUCAAGUAUCAGCAAACUGUACUAUUUAUAAUUGUAGUAUUAUCCCAAAAGCACAGAUCUUAGUUAGCACCAACAAUUGUGUUCAUUUUACACGUACAGGUAGAUGUAUAUACCUACCUGUACUUGGGCGUUUUCUAAAAUAAGUAUUGAAAACCUGAUUCUCACACAUCCUGGUGUUUUUGGGUUCUUUCAACUCAGAAUCACUAGCAUAUUCAAUCCAGAUGAUAAAAAAAGUCCCAAAACUUGUAUGUAAAUAUCUACAUACAUACGUCACGCACAUACAAGUCAAAAAAAUACAAAAAAUGGAAUGUACAUUUUGGGUCAUCUUUUUUUUUGUUCAGGGAGGAGAAUGCUGUCGAUUCUGAGUAGAAUGAGCCCAAGAAUGUCCAGAUUUGAAAGAUUUAGGUUUUCAAUAUUAUAGUUUGUCAUCAUACUAUCUCUGUCUUACACUAGUACUAGCACCCAAAAGAAAGGGAUAAGUAUAACUUUCCUGGUUGUUACUGACUGACAAAUUGGUUUGACCAAUUAUAUUUUAGAAAACGCCCACUUACAUUGAGUGUAUAAUAUUCACAAAAUUUUGAAUUACCUAUUAAUUUCGAUGACUGUUACGCGUAUGUGUUUUUACCUUGUGUUUGAUCCAAGUUUGAGCGCAGUAGGUACAACUGUAAACAAAAAGGUACACUUGUGGUCCUGAUAGGUAAGAAAUUUAAAAAAAAUCGCGCCAAAAUAAAGUCGAGACUUCGCAUAAGCAAGCAUAAGAUAAGUACCUAAGCGAAAUUCCAUAGAAUUGGCGCGAAUAGAUACAAAUCUAAGUUUUUUGAUCUCAUGAAAAAAAUAUGAAAUUCGUACAAAAAUUAAACAUUAUUACCUAUGCUUUUAAUGUAUGUGAAUGUUACCUAAACAAAUCUAUUAGGUAUGUGUGGUUUAAGUAAGAUUACAAUAAAAUUAAACUAGUCUUUUUAAAUG